AUGUAUCAUCCGGGGUUAAACCUCUACUACAAGCUCGGCUUUGCUUUCCUUCCACACGCAUCAUCAAUCGACACCGAACGCACUCAUUGCGCUUUGUGUUUCUCAGGCCCUGCAAUUUCUAUCGCCGCUUCGGACGAGGACCAUUCUGGUCUUGCGAUCGUGUUCCUCGCACGCGACGAUGGAGGAGGGCCUCUGUUCCGGCUCCCGCAGGCGCCAGGAACCCAGUCCGGCCGUGAUACCGUACGAGUGGCGAAGGGGUCUAGUCGUCAGAGGCACCUACGGCCUCCCUCGAGCUCAAAACGCGACAAGGGUGAUCUACCCUCGGUCUUGAUAAACACUGCAUCCGGAAUCGCAAAGCUGACCUCCUUUCAAACUCGACGCAUGCGCCAACUCCCUCCGCCGAUUCAAAUGAGGAAAGGGGUGUACCCGGCGUCGAGAAGUAGGGGAGAGGGGCGACACUGCCCGCCGACCCCCCUACCGCCGGAGGCAUGCGUGCGCUCCCUCGGGUGA